AUGGGGGUGCCUUUGAACGACAGACGAACAGAUGAUCAGCCAGAUGCUGAGGCAGCUUUAUCCCGGGGAACCGAGCAGUAUCCGGUGACCGAUUUAGACAAAGGUCUUGUUGGGUGGGAAAGUCAAGAUGACCCUCAGAACCCGAGGAACUAUCCAGCCGCUCGAAAGUGGUUUCUACUUGCACUAGUUAGCUUGAUUACUCUGAUUAGUCCGUUUGCAUCUUCCGUGUUUGCUUCAGCUGCAGUGUUUGCUGGAGAGGAGUUUGGGAUCACAUCCCCGAUUCUAGAGACCUUUUCUGUGACAGGCUAUCUUUUCGGUUAUAUUGCAGGACCUCUUCUGUUCUCGCCCUUGAGUGAGCUAUUCGGGCGUACAAUUGUUCUCAACAUUGCAACAACCAGUUUUGUUCUGUUCCAGGUUGGCUGCGCGUUGGCUCCAUCCAUCCGAGCAUUGAUUGGAUUCAGACUCCUGACAGGGAUCGGUGGCUCAGCAUGCCUGGCUACGGGAGGCGGCGUUGUUUCGGAUCUAUUCGUGGCUGAAGAGCGCGGUCUUGCAAUGUCUAUCUAUUCAGCAGGUCCACUAUUUGGACCUGUCCUUGGACCCAUCUGCGGUGGAUUUAUUGCCGAGGGAGCCGGGUGGCGGUGGGUGUUCUGGAUCCUCGUUAUCGCUGGGGGGACACUGACUUCCCUUGUCGUGAUAUUCAACCGCGAGACAAACCCCACAGUUCUCAUUCGCCGUAAAACUGCACGUUUGCAAAAGAGUCUUGACCGACCAGAUCUGCGAAGCUGCUAUGAUGUCCAGAAUAAUAAGCAACAGUUGUCUCUAUCUCGCAGGCUGUCAAUGCCUCUCCAGCUAUUAUUCCGAUCCCCUAUAGUCUCGAUGAUUGCCAUCUACAUCGCUAUAGUCUACGGCUGCCUCUACCUCCUCUUUACCACCAUGACCGAUGUCUUCCAAAAUACAUACCAUUGGAGUAUUGACAUCAGUGGAUUGUCCAAUAUCGGCAUUGGGGUUGGCUUUAUCAUAGGCCAGCUCGUAUUCGGCAUGCUAAGUGAUCGCACCAUUGUCCGUCAUAAACAGCGCAACAAUGGCGAAUACGAACCCGAGAUGCGGCUGUCUCUGAGUCCCUACUUUGCGAUAUGUCUUCCAGUUUCCUUCUUUUGGUAUGGCUGGUCGGUCGAAGCUAAAACCCAUUGGAUUGUGCCAAUAAUUGGACUUUUCCCCUUUGGGUUCGGGAUAGUAGGCAUCUUUGGCACGCUUCAAACAUACGUAAUUGACUCGUAUCCACGGUAUGCGGCGUCAGGUACAGCGGCAAUUACCGUGACUCGAUCGUUGUUUGGGGCCCUGCUUCCUCUCGCUGGAUCCCCCAUGUAUGCGGCUUUGGGAUAUGGAUGGGGGAACUCCUUGCUUGGGUUUAUCACCCUGGCUUUGAUUCCUCUGCCUCUUGUUUUCGGUCGUGUUGGCAAAGUCCUUCGGCGACGGUUUAGUGCAGAUAUUUGA